GGCAUCUACGGUAUACCAGGCUAAACUGGUCUCUCCAAGAAACGCCUUUGGUCUUCGGACGGAGCACCGUGCUCCGUCCGUUCGACGCCAAUACAACGCCCGAGGCCAGCGCCCCCCUUGCGUUCGCCAGACCUGGCGAGUGAGGCUUUCUUGAUCGAGAUCUCAAUGGACGGGGGACUCUAUUGGCUGAGCACUGGGAUCCAAUUGACCUACAAGCACCUUCCAGCCAUCUAUGCACUGUCGCCCACGCUCAUUGUUUUAGGGGAGGCCUUACAGCUGAACAUUUCCGGAGCUCUGACCUUCGCGGGAGAAGUGAUCUCGCUACAAGCGCCACCGUUGCAUCCUCUACCCAGCAAAGUUGAAUCUAUAUAUGGACCGAUGCAGAUUAACGAGACGGCGACGCCGCUGAUGCUUGAGCCUGAAGACACUUCAGCCGAUCCUGCACAGUGGAUGAUGACACCAGGCUCCAACUUCACCUUGUCCAGACCCUUCUGGAACUGUGGACCGCAGGUGGUCGAAGCAGGCCUUGGACAGGAGUGGUUUUACUGCAGUGGCUUGGAUGGCACCAUCCGCGUGGUGGAGCAGAGCACCGGUUGCCUGCUCUAUGCCGUGGCCUCGGUUUCAGGCAACACCACUCGAGUCAUUGGGAUGCCAAGUGAACAAGAGCUGCUGGUGCUGGACGGCAACGAGGUGCUUUUGUGGCAGUUAGGCGAGAAAGCCAGCAAGGAGACUCCACCACCGCUUCCGCAGCUGGAAUGUCGAUUGUUGAAUGACAAGUUUGUCUCAGAGGUCAUGACCGGCAGGCGUUCCAGCAAGGACGAGGCGAGCUGCGACUUGCCGAAGGAUCUGAAGUUCCACAGGCUUGGUCAAAAUCUGCCGGCUGCGACCUAUCCCGUGAUGAGCUCAGCAGAUUCGGUCGACCAAGAGGCCCAAGGACCGAAUGACUAUCGUCGCGCCGAGUUUGUGACGCCUGUGGGGCAGCAGAUGCUUCAAGUGCGUGAGGGGCCGAAGCAGAGGAGAGCGGAACGUGCGGUGAACUUGGUCACAGAGACCUUUGAGGGCUUGCGGCCGGCUUAG